UAUUUAUUUAUUUAUAUUUGAAAGGCGGAAAAUAAAGUAGUAGAGAUAAUAAGCCCGCCUAUUUAAAUUCAACAUUGUUUCUCCCUCUUUGGAUUGUCUCUCGUUAUCCUCACCUUCAUUAUCCCCGGCGAGACGAAGAAAGAAAGAGAGAGGAGGAAGACUAAGCCAGAAGAAAGAGAGAGAAUCGUCUUGAUUCCUUAGUUCUUCUUUCUUCGAUCUCAUCUUCUUCUUCUUCUUCCGAUCUUUCUAACUCACGCUUAUUAAAAAAAAUGGCUGAGGCUGAUGACAUUCAACCCAUCGUCUGUGACAAUGGUACCGGAAUGGUCAAGGCUGGUUUCGCCGGCGACGAUGCUCCCAGGGCUGUUUUCCCCAGUGUUGUUGGUAGGCCAAGGCAUCACGGUGUCAUGGUUGGGAUGAACCAGAAGGAUGCCUACGUCGGUGACGAGGCACAGUCCAAGAGAGGUAUCCUCACCUUGAAGUACCCCAUCGAGCACGGUGUUGUUAGCAACUGGGAUGACAUGGAGAAGAUCUGGCAUCACACUUUCUACAAUGAGCUCCGUAUCGCUCCUGAAGAGCACCCGGUUCUUCUUACCGAGGCUCCUCUUAACCCAAAGGCUAACAGAGAGAAGAUGACUCAGAUCAUGUUUGAAACUUUCAACUCUCCGGCUAUGUAUGUCGCUAUUCAAGCUGUUCUCUCCUUGUACGCCAGUGGUCGUACUACCGGUAUUGUGCUUGAUUCUGGUGAUGGUGUGUCUCACACUGUGCCAAUCUACGAGGGUUUCUCUCUCCCCCACGCCAUCCUCCGUCUCGACCUCGCUGGUCGUGACCUUACUGAUUACCUCAUGAAGAUCCUUACCGAGAGAGGCUACAUGUUCACCACAACAGCCGAGCGGGAAAUUGUGAGAGACAUCAAGGAGAAGCUUUCCUUUGUCGCUGUCGACUACGAGCAGGAGAUGGAGACUUCCAAAACCAGCUCUUCCAUCGAGAAGAACUACGAGUUGCCCGACGGGCAAGUGAUCACCAUCGGUGCUGAGAGAUUCAGGUGCCCGGAGGUCUUGUUCCAGCCGUCGUUCGUGGGAAUGGAAGCUGCUGGAAUCCACGAGACGACUUACAACUCGAUCAUGAAGUGUGACGUGGAUAUCAGGAAGGACUUGUACGGUAACAUCGUGCUCAGUGGUGGAACCACUAUGUUCUCGGGUAUUGCAGACCGUAUGAGCAAAGAGAUCACAGCACUUGCACCUAGCAGCAUGAAGAUUAAGGUGGUUGCACCUCCCGAGAGGAAGUACAGUGUGUGGAUCGGUGGUUCCAUUCUUGCUUCCCUCAGCACAUUCCAGCAGAUGUGGAUCUCCAAGGCUGAGUAUGAUGAGGCAGGUCCAGGGAUUGUUCACAGAAAAUGCUUCUAAGCUCUCUCUCUCUCAAGUAAAGGCUGUGGGUUUUAUGAAUGGGAUCAAAGUUUCUUUUUUUUUCCCUAUCCUAUUUGCUUCUCCAUUUGUUUGUUUCAUUUUCUUUCUUUUGUUUCUGUGCACUUGCGUGUAACAAAACUCUUAUGGGAUUUUACCUUACGUCUGCGUUUGAAAGAAACAGCUUUCGUUUUGCGUUAUAGUCCAUUGUUUUUGUUACUCGAGUGACCGAUUUGAUGUCUUCUUAUUUUUCUAUAAUUUCUUUCAACACUGGGAAGAAGAACCUUUGAUACUCUUUGUUUUGUUAAUAUACGUAUUGUAUGAGAUACGAUUCUAUUGA